AUGGACGUCUCAUUCGAUCCUAUAUAUCUAGCCAAUGGCUACCGCGACGUAGUUUCGCAAUGGAACAGCUCUGUUUCUGUCUUGUCCUCCGAUUUCGAAAGGUCCCUAGACAAAGAUUCAAUCGUUUUGCCGCCCAGACAGAAACCGUUAUAUGCUUUCGAGCUGCAGCUGGACAUUGAAUUGUUUUCAUCCAAUGAGUCGAUUUCGAGUUGCCUGACUCAGGCAUUCGCAGAAGGUUUGAACAGCUGUCUGGAAUACUGGCAGGAUUUGAAUUACCGAGCUACCGUCCAAGUCAUGUCUGAACACUGCAUUCGUGUGUCUUUGGAGUGCCAGAUCUUCUCAACGAUGAAGACCAAAAAUCUGCUAGAACAGCCGCUUUCGAUCAUGAAGCACAUGAACCUGCGAUUGGUGACCGUGGCUGGGUUGAAAGUGCAAGCAACCUUCAUCGGAGCUUCACCACCGGUACCAGAAGCCAUUCGACAGUGCAACGUAUUCUUGGUGUCGCUGUUCAUUUCGCAACUGGAAUUCCAAUUCCCAUUGGCCUUUUCGCGAGUGUGUCGCCUUCGAUUUAUCCAACAAGAGGCGUCGCUAGGCCCGGUUUCCUACGCGUUGACCAACUCCGCCAUCAUGGUUCCAAGGCUCGUGAAAAUCAUCUCCGAUGACAGAACAGCCACAACCUGCUACCGAAUCAUCCAAAUAUCCAGUGAUCGACGCAAACUUGCCAGAUUACUCAAAUUCAAAACCGGAGUUUCCCCUACUCAAAUCCUCAAACAUUCUUGUACUUAUACUUCAAACCACGCAGACUGCUGA